AUGUUGAUAUCACGACGACUGUUGCAGAUGACAAUUUCUGUGAUUGGUCCAUCUUCAUCUAAAAUUAUCUUGAGGCACUUGAAUUCGAAUACGAAAUCUGCAGAUUUCGAUGGGCCGCAGUCUUUUCAUUUAGAGCAUGUGCGAAAGCGGAUAGAAUUCACGAAUUCAUAUGCAUCAUGCGCAUUUGAGGUGCCACUGAUGUUCCGAGAACGUCUCGAUUAUACCUUUUACACGAAGGAUCUAAUAUAUGAGAAUCAUUUAUUUAUAUCGUACGUGACAAGUUUCAAAUUAUAUUUAAAAAUAGUUCGCCUUCCAUUCCAGCUGCAAUUUUUUCCAAUUAUUAAAUUUAGAGGAUUGGAAAAUUUCACCUAUCAAAUGGGUUUCAUCAGUACAGUUGGGCAGUUCUUAUAUCCUCACAUUGAAAUGGAGUCCUUGAGUAUUGUUCCAGUGCCAAAUGAGGGUACAGUGAGAUUAAUGUGGCGUGUAAAAUAUUUAUCCUGGUUAAAAAUUGCGAUGAAUCCGAAACUUUUCAGUGCAAAAUAUCGGAAGGAUAAGUUAGAAUGGUUAGAAGGUUAUUCAAUAUUUUUCGUCGAUAAAGAUGGACUUGUUUAUAGGCUUAUCACACAAAGGGUAAGUAAAUUUAAAAUUUUUAAUAUUAAAUGA